AUGCGGCGGCUUCUCCUCCAGUCAUCGCCAUCCCCACGGCCAUCACCACUACCGCCGCCGGUUGCGCUGUCAACACUCAUCACCCUCCUCUCCCUCGCGACCCUCACCACAGCCCGCCGCUCCGCCUCCCUCCCCAAACUCGCCUCCCUCACACUCUUCUCCGACCCGCACUGCUCCUCCCCGCUCUUCAUCAACGACGCCGUCAUCGGGCCCGACUUCUGCUCCGCGCCGCUCUCCCCCCACUCUUCCUCCUCAUCCUCCAUACCAGCCGACACCACCAUCCAGAGCUACAUCCUCACGCAGCGCCCCUUCUGCGCCAACGGCAGCCUCGCAGACAUUGUCAUCUACGCGGACGUGCAGGAAGUGGACCCCACCGCGGCGUGGUAUGCAAAGGAGUAUACCUGUAGCGGCGGAGGGGUAGACAGGUGUGUGAGCGUGCCGGGGGGAGGAGGGAGGGGGGUGGGUGUUAUUUGUGAUGGGUUUGAGGGCGAUGGGAGGGGGGUGGGGGGAGUGUCGAGCAUUGAGACGGUGUCGAUGUCGUCGGCGACGACGUCCUCGCGGUCGUCUACCAAGCUGGAGUUGCCGACGCUGAGUGCUGCGCCUUCGGCGGCGCACACGGCUUCGUCUGGCACUCCGUCGGCCGAGGGCCAGAGUACGUCGACGCCAUCCUCGUCAGGAGGCAAGACUGCCACCAGCGGAGAGCCGUCUCCUACCUCUUCAGUUCCUGCUACAGUCCCAACAGCGGCGGCACCGGAGGUGGGACAUCAUCUGGGCCUGGCUCUACUCAGCACGAUCCUGGCGCUCUAUACCGUAAUCUAA